AUGUCAUCAACCAUGGACGCUUCUCAGAAGAUCGACGUCUUUGCCGCACGGCUGACUGAUGCCAAAAUCGAUACACGGACAAAGUCCAACGUGGCCACAGAACUCCGCGACUCCAUCGAAAAUCUCUGCUCGCUUCCUGCGACUUACACCAAGUUUCUCACGAAAUUAUGGCCAGUUUUCAAGAAGAUUCUGGAGGGGAAACCCGACUUCAGCCCUACCUCCUUCGAGCAUAUUCUUCGAAAUCAAAUACUGGAGAUCCUUCACAGACUACAGCAUGGGUCCGCCGAAUUCGAGCCUUAUGCGCUGGAUGUGGUCGAAACGCUGAUGGAGUUGGUGCGGGUUGAAAAUGAGGACAAUGCAGUACUCUGCCUGAAAACGAUCAUGGAUAUCGAGCGACACCAGCCAACUGCCACUGCCUCGAAAGUGCAGCCUUUUCUCGACCUAAUCCAGGAGAUGUUCCAGUUGAUGGAACAGGUGGUCCGCGACACAUUCGACUCGCCUACAUCCCAUCAUCAGGUCGCAUCAUCAACACCCAACCCGCAAGCCCAGACUUUUCAGUCUCCUCGACCGGGCUCACCUGCGACGACUGUGUCAGAUCCCGGAAAUGAGAAGAAAGAGCACACCCCCUUGACAAAGGGCAUGCAGUCGUUCAAGGUGUUGUCGGAAUGCCCGAUUAUCGUGGUCUCCAUCUUCCAAGCGCAUCGCAACGCAGUUGCAGCCAAUGUCAAGAAGUUUGUGCCAUCGAUUAAGGGGAUACUCUUGCUACAGGCCAAAGCGCAGGAAAAGGCGCAUGCCGAAGCCGCCGCCAACAAAACCGUGUUUACAGGAGUCAGCAAGGAAAUCAAAAACCGAGCAGCAUUUGGAGACUUCAUCACUGCACAGGUCAAGACCAUGAGCUUCCUGGCCUACCUUCUGAGAGUGUACGCCCACCAGUUGACGGAUUUCCUGCCAACCCUACCGAUUGUGGUCGUCCGACUCUUGAAAGAUUGCCCACGGGAGAAAUCAGGCGCUCGCAAGGAGUUGCUUGUUGCGAUCCGUCACAUCAUCAACUUCAACUAUCGCAAGAUCUUCUUGAACAAAAUUGAUGAGUUACUGGAUGAAAGGAUUCUGAUUGGAGAUGGGUUGACAGUAUAUGAGACGAUGCGGCCACUGGCUUACAGCAUGCUGGCCGACUUGAUCCAUCAUGUCCGAGAUUCCUUGGAUCGCAACCAGAUCCGGCGCACGAUUGAAGUCUAUACGAAGAACCUUCACGACAACUUCCCAGGCACGAGCUUCCAAACCAUGAGUGCCAAAUUGCUCCUCAACAUGGCGGAAAGCAUCACCAAAUUGGAGAACAAGGAAGAUGCGCGGUAUUUCCUGAUCAUGAUCCUUGAUGCAAUCAGCGAUAAGUUCGCGGCAAUGAACUACCAGUACCAUAAUGCAGUCAAGCUGAGCAAGCAAUAUGCGGACAAGUUCAAGCAAAAUCAGAGCGAGACCUUCAUGGAUGACAAAGAGCAUAUGCCGGACUGGGACUCGGUAGACAUCUUCAACGCAACGCCGAUCAAGACCUCCAAUCCACGAGAACGAGGAGCCGACCCUGUCAGCGACAACAAGUUCUUGUUCAAAAAUCUUGUCAACGGCCUCAAGAACAUGUUUUACCAGCUCAAAACCUGCAACCCGCCAGGACUCAAUCUUGAUCAAACAAGCAUUCCUAUGAACUGGUCCGAAGUGUCGUUUGGGUACAAUGCUGAAGAGACGCGCGUGAUCACCAAGCUUUUCCACGAGGGUGCUCGGGUCUUUCGUUACUAUGGUGCUGAGGCUCCUGUGCCCGAUCUCCAGUAUUCUUCUCCCGUGGAUUUCAUGGCGAGCCACUCAAUGGCGCAGAUGACCCGGGACGAGAAGGAGCUCCUGGAGAGUUUCGGCACUGUUUUCCACUGUAUUGACCCUGCCGCUUUUCACGAAGUUUUUCAGGCCGAGAUACCAUAUUUGCACGAACUUAUGUUUGAGCACACGGCGCUCCUCCACCUUCCGCAGUUUUUCCUCGCCAGUGAAGCGACCUCGCCGGCGUUUGCAGGAAUGGUUCUCCAAUACCUCAUGGAUAAGCUGCCAGAUGUUGGCUCCUCGGAUAUCGUCCGCUCGUCGAUCCUUUUGAGAAUGUUCAAGUUGUCCUUCAUGGCCGUCACGCUCUUCUCGGCCCACAACGAACAAGUCUUACUCCCUCAUAUCACAAAGAUCAUCACGCAAUGUGUGCAGCUAUCUGUGACGGCGGAAAAGCCAAUACACUACUUUAUCCUGCUUCGCUCUCUGUUCAGAAGCAUUGGCGGCGGACGCUUCGAGCUUCUCUACAAGGAGAUCCUCCCCUUGCUCGAAAUGCUCCUCGAGACUUUCAACCAUCUACUCCAAGGCGCAAGAGAUCCGCAUGACCGGGAUCUCUACGUCGAAUUGACAUUGACAGUCCCUGCAAGGUUAAGUCACCUGUUGCCGCAUCUGAACCAUCUUAUGCGGCCGUUGGUGGUCGCUUUGCGGGCCGGGCCAGAUCUUGUGGGCCAAGGGCUGAGGACCCUAGAACUAUGCGUCGACAACCUAACGGCGGAUUACCUCGACCCCAUUAUGGCUCCGAUCAUGGAUGAUCUGAUGACUGCUCUAUUUGAGCACCUCAAACCUCAGCCUUAUCAGCAUUUUCAUUCGCAUACCACGAUGAGAAUCCUGGGCAAGCUUGGUGGGCGAAAUCGCAAGUUCUUGAACCAUCCGCAUCAUUUGUCGUAUCGUCGAUAUACGGACGACGAGCCUAGCUUCGAUAUCAGACUUCUCGAGACGAGUCGCGACCGAGCAUUUCCUCUUGAUACGGGUUCGGAUCUCGCUAUCCGCAGACUGAGCGAUACGACGAAGAACCAAAAUGCAAAGCCUCUGGACCUCUACUAUAAGCAGCAGUCAUUCAAACUCAUAAGUAACCAAGUGAAGCUGCUCAUUGGUUAUGAUCAAGUUCCAGACGAUCUUGCGGCCCUUCUUCGACUCCAGGCGAAUGACCUUCUAGCCCGCCGGUUUACUACGUAUGCGGACGUGCUCGCUGACAAUGAGCUGGGCAAGUCGGUACUGAAGCGCAGGGAACAGGAAGUGCACCUGAAGAAGCUAUUAAAAGCUUGCUUCAACGCAACAACAUUGCCGGAUUUGAAGCCUCAAGCUGAAGCGUUCAUGCAGAACAUCGCACGCCAUUUUACCAUCGUUGAGCUCGGUCAGGCUCUAUGCGACGCAGGUCGAAAAACAAAGGAGUUUGAUGUCCACCUCGGUGAGGGUGCGGUCCAUCUGAGCACCAGGGUUCUGGCUGAUGUCAUUUGCGAUUGUUUGGCUUCAGAUAAUGUCAUCGUUCGCGAAGCUGCGGAGGCCUCAAUGGGUGAAGUGGUUGAGGCCGCCGGCACUAUCUUCGGCACUGUCGAAAAGGCUGCCCGCCUUCCGUUCUUCUCACACCUCGUUCAGACAUUCUGCCACAGAUGUCGCGAAGUCGAGUGGUUCACCAAAGCUGGUGCAACGCUGGGACUGCAGAUUGUGAUCACCAAGCUUGGAUUAGGAAAUGCCUUUCUCAACAGCAAGCAGCUGGAAAUCAUCAAGGCGCUGCUGUUUGUUAUCAAGGACACGCCGCAGAAGGUGCCAGCGAGUACACGGCUUACCGCGCAGGAGACACUAGAAUUCAUCCUUCGCAAGGUCUGCACCGGACAGACCCGGGAUAUGCUCACCAACGAAAAGAGCACUAUCCAUGCUCUUUCGGUUACAUUCUGCGUCGAGCUUUCUCACAUGAACAAACAUACACGUGACACCGCGCAGCGCGCGUUCUCGGCCAUGGCGGAGGUGGCGGGCGUCGAGGUGCACGAGUUGAUCGCCCCGGUCAAGGAAAGACUUCUGCAGCCCAUCUUCAACAAGCCCCUGAGAGCCCUGCCGUUUCUCUCACAAACCGGAUUCAUUGACGCGAUUACAUAUUGCUUGAGUUUAGGCCACGAACUGGUGCCUUUGAACGAUCAAUUGAAUCGCUUGAUGAUGGAAUCACUUGCUCUGGCGGAUGCAGAUGCCGAGAUUCUGCAUCCAAAGCCAGAUGAGUACAAAAAUGCACAGCUAAUCAUCAAUCUCCGUGUGUCUUGUCUGAGGCUCCUGUCGCUUGCAAUGAGCCUGCCAGACUUCGCUACCGGGCCUCAAAAUACAAGCCGCGCUCGCAUCAUUACCGUCUUUUUCAAGCUACUGUAUUCAAAGUCGCCGGAGAUCAUUGAAGCUGCCAAUGCAGGCUUGAAGGAGGUUUUGGUCCAGACGACAAAACUCCCCAAAGACUUGCUUCAAAAUGGCCUGAGACCAAUUUUGAUGAAUUUGCAGGACUCAAAGAGACUCACCGUCGCCGGACUCGAAGGAUUGGCAAGACUGUUAGCACUGUUGACCAACUAUUUCAAAGUGGAAAUUGGCGCACGAUUACUCGAGCACAUGAGGGUGAUAGCGGAUGAGCAAUUACUGCAGAGAGUGUCGUUCGGGCUCAUUGAGCAAAAUCAGCAGAUGAAAAUAGUCACGGCCAUUUUCAACGUCUUCCACCUGCUGCCGCCUGCUGCCACCAGCUUCAUGCCCGACCUCAUCAAUAGUGUCCUCGACCUGGAGGGCAAGCUGCGUCGUACUGUGGCGAGCCCUUUCCGCCAACCGCUGAUUCUGUACCUCGACAAAUACCCACAAGAGACCUGGUCAUUUUUCGAAUCCCGGCUGCAGGACGAGAAGUACGGCCGGUUCUUUGGCCAACUUUUGGCGUCCGAACUGAGUCCGGCCUUGCGUGAUACGGUGAUGAAUAAUACUGAAGCAUUCAUUAAGGCUACCUUUGAGGUUGAGGCUGUUCCUGACCGACACACCGCGGCAAUCAACGGCAUUUACAUUGUACACUCGAUGUCUAUGUUCGAAUCAACUAAAGCUUGGUUGCGUGAGCAGGAGCAACUCCGUCUCAAGGUUCUAGGAGCUGGUCAAGAGCUUGAGGGUCAGCUUCGGAAAGAUCUGUUGCAACGUUCACAACGACUUCGGGCCGAGCAAGCGGGAGAUCAACUGAUGGAUAUUCUGACCCAGUAUCUUGAGUCGGCACUCGAGGAUCUCGAUUUCAUGAUGGAAGUCUUUGCUUCGUCGGCCCAGGGGCGGAUAAAGUCUCCACUGAAGCUGACGAAAUUCUUGUUUGAUUCCAUCAUCACGGACGAAUCGAUUAGUCGGCGAUUCAACAUCAUUGACAAAUGUCUCGAAAUAUACUCUCAAAAGACGGAGUCUCAAAAGGUGAAGACGUUUCUCUUGCACAGUGUUGUCAAUCCAAUAAUGGCAAGGGAUGUGCAGAAUAUGCGACGCGAGGAUGGUACCGACAGGACUCCCUUGGCAGAUCACAAGCUAUUCAACCUCUUCCUAGAACGGCUCUGGAAGCCGCCAGCUCCUGAUUCGAGCGAGGACUUGUCGCAGCCUGGGAUUGACCAAUCCCGUAUGGAAGCGCUGCAGCUUUCUGCCUUUGUGCUGAAGUAUCACAAAGAUGCUGUGUCAGAGGAUCGCAAGGACAUCAUCAAGUAUUCCUGGGGCCAUAUCAAACUGGAAGACGUGAUCACCAAGUACGGCGCCUACGUUCUUAUCUGCUAUUUCAUCCGAUCCUAUGACACGCCACCGAAGAUCGCGGUUCAAAUCUACAAUCAACUCCUGAAAGCCCACCAGAACGAAGGCAAGGCUUUGGUGACCCAGGCGUUGGAGGUUCUAGCUCCGGUUCUCCCAGCCCGGAUGGGCGGUGCCACAAAUACUCCAGGGGACAAGAGAUCUCCGCAUUGGGCGCGCCUGCCGAGGAAGAUCCUAAAUGAAGAGACGGGCAAUCUCCAACAAGUCCAGAGCAUCUUCAAUUUCAUCGUGCGCCAGCCAGACCUGUUCUACGAUUCUCGGGAGUUUUUCAUCCCCACAAUUGUCCAGAUGCUACACAAGAUUGCUCCUCCGCCAAACCCUUCAAAUGAGAACAAAAAGCUUGCACUGGCUUUGAUCUCGCUGGUCUUGCAAUGGGAAAGCCGUCGUGUAUCUGCGGUGUCUCCGUCUCAGUACACGACAGAGCUGAGCCCUUCCCUCAAGCGGGACUCUGGGGGGACACAGAUACUGCAACCACCGCCGACAAAGGAGAAGACCGAAUAUCAAAUCCCCCUGGAACUUCGGACACUCGUGGUGAAAUAUAUGAUCACGUUUAUCACCGCACUACCAGAGCGGUUCCCUGUUCCCGCCGCGGAUUUGAAGUCCAAAACGAUGCAGAAAGCUCAGCAACAAGCUCUGUCCAAUGAUCUCGUCAAGAAGGCCGUGCAACUUCUUCGCGAUCUUUUAGCUCCCAACUUAUGGGCCGAUGUGGACGUAGGCCUUUAUGAGAAGCUCCUAGAUCCCAUCCUAAGUGGCGACAAGGCCGACAAGGUUGACGAUAAACAACUGACGUGCAUGAUCAAUGCGUUACAGGUUAUGCGCAUCCUCUUGAGCACAAAGACUGACGAAUGGAUCUUGGGCCACAUGGACAAGGUCCAGAAACUGUUGGAAAAGCCGCUCAAGAUGGAAGAACCUGAAAUCCAAGAUUGUUUACACUUGGUGACUGAUGACAGCAACUCUCUUCCUCUCAUUCGCCGAGUCCUUGAAGCAGUCCCGAAACAGAGGACGGAAGACGAGGAUGCCAUGGAGAUCGAGACGGCCCCUUCAGAUUUUCCCACCAGAUAUUCGAAAAUUCUGAUUGGCGAAGCUCUCUCCUCCGGCAACUACAUUUCUGGCAUCAACAACCUUUGGACGUUAUCGCUGGUACGACCCAGUGACGUUGAUGACCAUGUGAACGGUGCAAUGAAAGCGUUGCAGCAGAAGUUGGCCAAGGAGCACAUCAAUGCGUAUGUGAUACCGCCGGGGCCACCUCCACAGGGCUGGCGACUAGGCGAACCCCUGAUGGACCCCUACGAGUUUGCUCUCGGGGUAGACUUGAUCAAGAAAAGCAUCGAUAUCUUGUCUUCGCGUAUGGCAGAACUCAAUGACCAGCGCCGACCGUUCCUGAGUGUCCUUGCCUCGCUCGUGGAGAAGUCUUUCAAUGUCGAGUUGUGCAGCAAGGUCCUGGACAUGGUGGAAACAUGGGUCUUCAAUUCGAACGAGCCUUGGCCGACGCUCAAGGAGAAGACUGCUGUCUUGCACAAGAUGCUUAUCUUUGAAAAGUGGCCGACCCAAACCCUACUCGAGCGCUUUCUUGAACUGGUCAUCAAGAUCUACGAGGAUCCGACCGUGACAAGGACUGAGUUGACUGUGCGUUUGGAGCACGCCUUCUUGAUCGGCACUCGUGCCAAAGAUGUUGAGAUGCGGAACAGAUUCAUGAACAUCUUCAAUCGCGCCCUCUCCAAGACUGCUAGCUAUCGGCUGAACUACGUCUUGACCCUCCAAAAUUGGGACACUUUGGCGGACUCAUUUUGGCUAAAGCAAGCGUCACACCUCAUCAUGGGCUCUGUGGAAAUGUCCAUGCCUGCGCGACUCCAUGCCGAAGACGUCCGCGUCUGCCCCUUGUCCCAAUUGUUCGGCGCCCGUUUUGUGAGCCCAGAGCAGCGAAAGGAUGACCUGCUGAUCGAGGACGGUUUGGAGGCUCUGGUUGUCGCUCAGCAACGUUUCAACCAAGAGAUCCAGGAAGUCAAAGUUAAAGAUCUCCUCGACCCUAUCACACAAUUACAGCACACGGACGACAGCCUGGCGUAUGACGUUUGGGUGAAAUUAUUCCCACUGUGUUGGUCUGCAUUGAACAGGGACGAACGACUUGAUCUGGAAAAAGGAAUGGUCACGCUUCUGACUCGAGAAUAUCACCAGCGGCAGCUGAACCUGCGGCCGAAUGUCGUGCAAGCGUUGCUCGAGGGAGCCGUUCGUGCACGACCAAGAUUCAAGGUACCACCACAUGUCAUGAAAUUUCUCAGUCGGACCUACGACGCGUGGUACACUGCACUCGUCUAUUUGGAGGAAUCUGCGGUCGAUCCCUUGAUUGACACACCCCAGGUCCGCGAGAGCAAUCUUGAUGCUCUGGUGGAAGCAUACGCAGGUCUUCAAGAGGACGACUUGUUCUACGGCACGUGGAGAAGACGGUGCAAGUUCAUGGAGACCAACGCCGCUUUGUCAUACGAACAGCAUGGAAUGUGGGACAAGGCACAACAGUUGUGGGAAUCGGCACAAGUCAAAGCCAGAACCGGUGUCGUCCCCUUUUCCCAAGGCGAGUAUUACUUGUGGGAAGACCACUGGAUGAUUUGCGCACAGAAGCUUCAGCAAUGGGAUAUCCUUGGGGAGUUUGCGAAGCACGAGAACUUCAGCGACCUCCUCCUGGAAUCGGCAUGGCGAAACUACGAAGCUUGGUCCGGCGAUGAGAACCGCAAUCAGUUGGACUCGAUGAUCAAAUCAGUUUCUGAUGCGCCGACCCCUCGACGGACGUUCUUCCAGGCUUUCAUGGCUCUCUUGCGAUACAACUCCAAGCAGGUGUCGCGGGCUGAAUUUCAACAUGUUUGCGACGAAGCCAUCCAGUUAUCCAUCCGGAAAUGGCACCAGCUUCCCCGACGCAUAACAAAUGCCCACAUCCCUAUUCUGCAGAACUUCCAGCAGCUGGUCGAGCUUCACGACGCCAGUGUCAUUUGUGACAGCCUCAUGAGCACGAAUGAGCGCAAUCUAGACAGCAAGUCACAGGAGGUCAAGCUGUUGCUCCAAGCGUGGCGAGAUCGGCUGCCCAAUAUCUGGGACGAUAUCAAUGCAUGGCAAGAUCUAGUCACCUGGCGGCAACACGUCUUCCAACUUGUCAACUCGACGUAUCUGCCGCUCAUCCCGCAAGGGGGGAACAACGUUGGCAGCAAUUCGUAUGCGUUCCGGGGCUACCAUGAGACUGCGUGGAUCAUCAACAAGUUUGCACACGUCGCCCGCAAGCAUCAGAUGCCUGAAGUCUGCAUCAAUCAACUCGGGAAAAUUUAUACAUUGCCCAACAUCGAGAUUCAAGAAGCCUUCCUCAAGUUGAGAGAGCAAGCGAAAUGUCACUAUCAGAAUAAGGCGGAGUUGAACAAUGGCCUGGACGUUAUCAACAACACGAAUCUCAAUUACUUUGGCGCCCAACAGAAGGCCGAGUUCUACACCCUCAAGGGCAUGUUUUUGGCCAAACUCCAACAUGCCGAAGAAGCCAACGAAGCCUUUGGUGUUGCUUUGUAUUACGAUCUUCGGUUGCCAAAGGCCUGGGCCGAGUGGGGUCAAUAUUCCGAUCGCAAGUUCAAGGAGAAUCCCAACAAUAUCGAAGCAGCAAGCAAUGCCGUCAGUUGCUACCUGGAGGCGGCUGGGUUGUACAAGAGCGCGAAGUCGAGAAAAAUGCUCAGUCGAGUCUUGUGGUUGCUCAGCCUGGACGACGAGGAAGGGCAUAUUGCAAAGGCAUUUGAAGAUUUCAAGGGCGAGACUCCGGUCUGGUAUUGGACCACAUUUGUGCCUCAACUCCUCGGGAGUCUGGAACACAAGGAAGCACGCUUGACCAAGACCGUCCUGGUCAAGAUCGCAAAAGCCUUUCCCCAGGCACUGUUCUACCAUCUGCGGGCGACGCGGGAGGAAUUCCUGACCAAGAAGAAGCAGUUCGAGGCCCAGAAGCGCCAGUUGAAAGCCCAGCAAGAAAAGGCAGAGGCCGGUUCACGACCUGGGACGGCCAACGGUGAAGCCCCGGCCAAUGCCUCAUCGUCCCCCAAACCGAAACAAGAGCCCAACGGCGACAAUCAGAGCAACGGGACCGAGGUGGCACAGAGAGAGGAGCCGAAAAGACCGUGGGACUACACCGACGAAAUCAUGGCUGGCCUCAAGACCGCAUUCCCGUUGCUUGCCCUUUCCAUGGAAACCAUGACCGACCAGCUUUCCAAGCACUUCAAAUGUCCCCCGGACGAAGAUGCUCAUCGCCUGAUUGUGGCCUUGCUGAACGACGGCCUCGCAUACAUUAGCAGGGCUCCCUUGACCUACGCCGAAGGAGCCAAACUCCCUCAGUCCACCGAAGCCAACAUUGCCCGAUUCGUGACCUCGGUUCUCCCUGCACACAUUCGCAAGUCUUUCGAGGCCGAUUUCGUCCAGACCAGGCCGACCAUGUACGAAUACAUCCACAAACUGAGACGUUGGCGGGACAAGUUUGAGCAGAAACUCGAUUACCGCCAGCAAUGGGCUCCUCUCGAGUCCUACAGCCACCACCUGAGCGAAUUCAAGUUCCUCAAAUUCGACGAUUCGGUCGAGGUUCCUGGGCAAUACCAGCAGCACAAGGACAAGAACACCGACUUUGUGCGCAUCGAGCGCUUCAUGCCGACGGUUGAACUGGUCCGAGGCAACAACAUCUGCCAUCGUCGACUCACCAUCCGCGGCCACGACGGGUCCUUGCAUCCAUUCGCCAUCCAGCACCCAACCGGCGGCAAGGUCCGACGGGAGGAGCGCAUCGUUCAGCUCUUCCGCAUCUUCAACCAAACCCUGGCCAAGCGGAAAGAGUCUCGGCGACGCAAUCUGUAUUUCCAUCUCCCCAUCUUUGUGCCGGUCGCCCCUUACAUUCGCCUGGUGCAAGACGAUUCGUCGUACGUGACUAUGCAAAGCGUCUACGAGGACCACGUUCGGAACACACCCGGCAUGUCACGCGACGACCCGAUUCUCUUUGUGCUCGAAAAGUCGAGGACCGUGGCUGAACAGCAAAAGACGACGCCACGCACCGCCGACCAACUGGCGGUCAUGAAGACGGAGAUUUUCAACACGAUCCAGGAACGAUGGGUACCCACCACCAUCGCGCUGCGCUAUUUCCAGGCCACGUACCCGAGCUAUGCAGACUUCUGGCUCUUCCGCCGCCAAUUCGCUUACCAGUUCGCCGCCACGACGUUCAUGACCUAUAUCAUGCACAUGUCCGCUCGCUAUCCCAUCAAAACCUUCAUCUCUCGCACCACGGGCGACGUCUGGGCGAGUGAUCUUCUCCCGAACCUCAACUCGGCUCGCGCAUACUUCUUCAACCCAGAAGCCGUUCCUUUCCGUCUGAGCCCGAACAUCCAAACCUUGAUGGGACCGUUGGCGGUUGAGGGCAUCUUCACCGCCUCCCUCAUGGCCAUCGCGAGGUGUCUAGCCGAACAAGAUCAGGGAUUCGAGAUGGAGCAACAACUCAGCGUUUUCGUUCGAGACGAGAUGUACAAUUGGGCCGCCAGCCGGUCUCACUCCUCGAACCCGACCGAGCCGAAAAUGGAAGGGCAGCAUCUGCGGGAACUGGUGGCCCAGAAUGUGGACUUUAUUGUCCGGCGGGCCUUGACACUGGCCAAGACGCAGGGCAGUGUGGGCAGCAGUGCGGAUGGUGGCGUUAACGGUGUGUUGCCCGCGUGUCAAAAUGUCGUCGACCUCGUCAGCCGAGCCACAGAUCCCAUGAAGCUCAGUGGGAUGGAUGCGUUGUGGAUGCCCUGGCUCUAG